AUGAUUGUCACUCGUUUGUUUGGCCUACUGGCCGCCACGGCUGGCGUCGCCAAGGCCGUCAAUCUUACCGGAUACGAAUAUGUUGUCGUUGGUUCCGGUGCUGGAGGUGGCCCCUUGGCAGCUCGCCUUGCGAUGGCUGGCCACAAGACCCUCCUUCUCGAAGCUGGUCAGGACGAGGGCGAAACCUUCAACUACACCAUUCCCGCCUAUUCGGCCAGAGCCUCCGAGGACGAGAAGCUCUCUUGGAACUUCUUCGUUCACCACUAUGCCGAUGAUGAGCGCCAAGCUCGCGAUUUCAAGACCAGCUACGAAACCCCCACUGGCGAACUAUACACUGGCUUGAACCCUCCUGAGGGCUCAAAGCUGAUGGGAACCCUCUAUCCUCGUACAGGCACUCUCGGUGGAUGUACUGCCCACAAUGCCUUAAUUGCUGUCUACCCCCACCAGUCCGACUUUGAAUACAUCUCAACCCUGACUGGCGACAGCUCUUGGUCGCCCGAGAACAUGCGCAAGUACUUUGCCAAGCUGGAAAGGAACCACUACUUGCUCCCCGCCAUGGAGGGUCACGGUUACAAUGGCUGGCUCCAGACCGAGACCGCUCCCCUGAGCAUCGUCCUAGAGGACCCCCAGCUGCUUAGCAUGCUUACCGGUGGUGCUUUCGCUCUUGGUAACUUGACCGACAAUGUCUACAAUAUUGCCACCCUGCUGGCCGGUGAUGCCAAUGCUGAUACGACUAUCCGUGAUACCGUCCCUGGCUACUAUCAAAUCCCUAUCUCGACUGACGAUGCGCACCGCAACGGUGCUCGUGAAUUCAUUAUCGCUGUGCGGGAUGCUACGAACGCUGACGGCAGCAAGAAGUACCCUCUUGAUGUUCGCAUGAACACUCACGUUACCAAGGUGACCUUCGAUGAGACCGUCGACCCGCCCCGUGCUACAGGUGUCGAGUUCCUCGAUGGCCAGUAUCUCUACAAGGCUAGCCCUCUGUCAAAGACUGCUUCUGCCGGUAUCCCUGGUUCCGCCACAGCUUCCCGUGAGGUCAUCGUUGCCGGUGGUGUCUACAACUCGCCCCAGAUUCUCAAACUAAGUGGUGUUGGUCCCGCCGACGAGCUAAACAAGUUCGGCAUUAAGGUCAUCAAGGAUCUCCCCGGUGUCGGCACCAACCUCCAGGACCACUACGAGAUCUCCGUCCAGGGCACUGUCGAGGAGGACUUCUCCUGCUUGAACGGCUGCACCUUCAGCAUCCACGACGAGGCCGACCCCUGCAUUAACCGAUGGGAGACUCCCAUCCUCGGUGACCACGGUAUUUACUCGUCUCCCGGUCUCGCUGCUACCAUGCUGUACAAGAGCUCCGUUACUGCCGAUGAUAGCUUCGAUAUCUUCUGUUUCGGUGGCCCAGUUAACUUCCGCGGCUACUUCCCCGACUACAGCAUCAACGCCACUGAUGAACACAACUGGUUCACCUGGGCCAUCCUGAAGGCUCACCCCCGCAACACUGCCGGUACCGUUGCCCUGCAGUCUGCUGACCCUCUGGAAGUUCCUAAGAUUACCUUCAACUACUUUGACACCGGUGUCGGCGACUACGACGCCGAUCUCACUGCUCUCUACGAAGCCAUCGAGCUCGCUCGUGACGCCUUCAAACGCCAGCUCGUCAACGUCACCGAGGUCCUACCCGGUGCCGCCGUCACUUCCAAGGAAGACAUCGAGACCUACGUCAAGGACGCUGCCUGGGGUCACCACGCUUCGUGUACCUGCCCCAUCGGUGCUGACGGUGACCCCAUGGCCGUGUUGGACUCUAAGUUCCGUGUCCGUGGUGUCUCUGGUCUCCGUGUCGUUGAUGCUUCCGUGUACCCCAAGAUUCCGGGUACUUUCACGGCUGUGUCUACCUACAUGGUUGCCGAAAAGGCGGCUGAUGAGAUUCUGAGUGAGCUCGCUGCUAGCUCUUGA